AUGGGAAAACUGAAUCUGCUUCCACAUAAAAGUUGGAAUGUAUACAGCCAAAAAAACAUUGAAAAAGUUCGACAAGAUGAGCGUCAGGCAGAGUUGAAAGGAGAGAGCAAGCAUCAACGAGCAACCAAAGCGGAACAAGAGAUUCGACUGGAAACACUACGAGCUAGAGCAAUAAGUCGUUCCGGUAUAACCAACACAGUUACCGAGCUAUCCAAUGAUCAUAAAGAACCUUUUGGUUCGUCAUCUCACCACCGUACUGAUUCAGAUCAUCGCAAAAGCAAGCCACUCCAUCAUACCACCAACCAAGAACUGGAUGCAGAGAAGCUGGCUGAAAAGAAAAAGUGGGAAAGAAAACUGACAGUUUAUCUGGGAGAAACUCGGGAUGGAAAGAAGGAGACUCCAUGGUAUGCAGACAUGGAUUAUGGCAGAUCUCGACGAGAAAAGUCUGUCAGGCCUGCAGAUCUUGAGAGUCGCAGUAGAAAGGAUGAACAGAAAAAGAAACAAAUGGAUCCUGUUCAAGACAUGGCAAGAUACUUGUCCAAAAAAAAGAAAACUGAUGUACACGAUCACUCGACUUUUAAAGUUUCCAAACCAAAGUCGCAUGAAUCUGGAGAAAUUUCGAGUUGUUCAAACACUUUGACUAUUGAAGAACUACGAAAGGAGCGAUUACAAAGAGAAGCAAAGGAGAAACAACGAACUCGAGAGCUUUUGGAUCCUCUCAAGGCAUCACGAACAGAACCUGUAAAACACGAUUCAGAUGAACGCUAUUACAAUGCACAGUUCAACCCAUCUCAUAUUCGACGUCCAAACCACAAAGAUUCAGAUUUUAAUUCAAGAUAUCGUCCUUAUUAG